UUUUUUUUUUUUUUUUUUACGUAAAUCUUCCCCCAAAUGUGUUAAUUGGAGAUUUCUAGGGUUUGGAGUUAGAUCGCUUUCAUAUCUGGUCGCAAUUCGCCAUUCUUCGCUCUGAAAAAAUCUCUAACAGUCGCGGAUUUAUAGCUUUUCGUAAAUCUCGUUGUUGAGCUCUGAAAUCACAAGGGACAUUGGCCCAGAUCAAAAGAACCCUGGAGGUGUAUAGGGCAAUUUCUUUGCGCUGUUGAUGUGAUUAUAAGAUUGAAGUCGUGAUUUUGGUCUGUUUUGAUGAGGAAGAAGAGGAAAGGAAGUGACACAGACCCAUGUCCAAAUCUGACAAACUUUCUAUCGUCGACCCACAAUUCCCGAUCAUCAGCUAUUACUUCGCAUUAUUCCCUAGAAGAUUAUACGAGGUUGAAGAAGCGGUGCAAAGAAGAUGCUAAUGAGGAGUCUGGUGUUUCCUAUAAAAGUAGACUUGCAGGCAUUGCCACCGCACCGCCUUGUGGGAUUUCAUCUUUGGUUACACCUGGAAGAGGUCUCAAGAGGAAGAUUGGCUGUAUAGAUGUCGCUACCCAAAUGGGUAGGAAAAAUAAGAUUGAGAAUGAUUAUGCAUCCGGGGACACGAUUGGGCAUGGAAAAUUUGGUUCGGUUUGGUUGUGUCGAUCUAAGGUCAGUGGCGCGGAGUUUGCAUGUAAGACUCUGAAGAAGGGGGAGGAGACUGUUCAUAGGGAAGUAGAGAUAAUGCAGCACUUGUCUGGUCAUCCUGGAGUUGUGACAUUGCAAGCAGUGUAUGAGGAAACGGAGUGUUUUCAUCUUGUGAUGGAGUUGUGCUCUGGGGGACGCUUGAUUGAUAAGAUGUUUGAAGAGGGUGAUCCAUGUUCAGAGCACCGAGCCGCUAAUAUAUUGAAGGAAGUGAUGUUAGUUGUCAAGUAUUGUCAUGAUAUGGGAGUUGUUCACCGCGACAUAAAGCCUGAAAAUAUUCUUCUCACAACAGCUGGAAAAAUUAAGCUUGCAGAUUUUGGACUUGCCAUGAGAAUAUCAAAUGGUCAAAAUUUGACUGGUUUGGCUGGAAGUCCGGCUUAUGUUGCACCAGAGGUUUUGUUGGGAAAGUACUCUGAGAAGGUGGAUAUCUGGAGUGCUGGAGUCCUGCUACAUGUGCUCUUAGUUGGUCGUCUUCCAUUUCAAGGAGACUCCUUGGAAGCAGUUUUUGAGGCAAUCAAGAAUGUGGAGCUUAAUUUCCAUACAGGUAUAUGGCAGUUGAUUUCCAAGCCAGCACGAGAUCUUAUUGGAAGAAUGCUGACAAGGGAUGUUUCAGCUAGGAUAACAGCUGAUGAAGUACUAAGACAUCCUUGGAUAUUGUUCUACACAGAGCGCACCUUGAAGACACUUAAGUCGAAAAUGAAGAACCAAGGAGGAGGACAUUCCCAGCAACUUGCCAUCGCACCAAAACUAAAAUCCGAUCGAAACAGGAUUGAAAACAGAUCUCUGAGUGAGAGUUCAUGUCCACUUUCACUAUCUGAUAGUUGCGAGCCAGAAGAUCAGGAUGAUUGUGGUUUGGUAGAUGCACUGGCAACUGCAAUUUCUCAUGUAAGAAUUUCUGAACCCAAGAGGAGCAGGGUGUGUGGUCCUACAGGUCCAAUUGAGCAGCAAUGUUCAUCUAACAUGAAGGCUAACAAUCUAUGUAAAGCAUUUUAAUCAUGCUGACAGAUUGCUGACAGACUGACACCAAUGUCAUUCUCCAUCUGUUUUUUUCCAAUGCUGGGGAGCUGAACAUAACUUGCCCCGGCCUUUUGAGCAUAGAGGGUUAUAACAUGCUGACGAUCCUGGAUAAAAAAAUGACAAUCUCGGUGUCAUUCCUCGUCCCUGCCUGUGAACGUUGACUGCGGCUCUUUGUUCUUUUCAUAUUUGCUAUCUUAACCCAAUAAUUGGUUAUAACCUAAUGAACUUAGAGAAUCAAGAUGUACAGAUAGUGUAAAUAGAAUGAUGGAGUAUUGUGUUUUCUUUGCCUAUUUCGUGUAAAAUAGGUGGGUUCAGCCACUUAAGUAUUUCUGUAAUUUGAAAGCCUAAUGAGCUUCUUCUUAAGGCAGUGGUCAUCCAACUAUGAUCCGUUUGACUGAAUGUGAGGUGUCGAGGUGACGAUUAGCAGUGAAAUCCAAUUGUCAUUUUGGUCCUACAGCAGUAAACUGUAGUAGAUGUC